AACGGGUGUCUGAGCGGUGCUCAACUGGGCUGACAAUGGCUACCUACACAGCAAGGCACGAACCUCUGGUCACCUGCCCCUUCAACCCAGCACACCAGGUGAAAAGUGGCCGGUACCAGAUACACAUCACCAAGUGUAAAAAAUCUCAUCCUGGCAUAGACAUCUACCGCUGCCCGUUCUCUCCGGACCAUGUGGUGGAGCCCAGCAAGCUGAUGCACCACGUGUAUACGUGUCCAUUAAAUUCCACUGUGAAGCGCUACCUAUCCAAACCUGACAAGGAUGUCAUGGAGCCUAGGGUGGCAACCAUCAGGGCAGCACCGGACAUCAAACCCGAGGAGGACUGGGAGGAAGAGGCUAACGAACCUCAAGCACCGAAGGGGAAAGCUGUGCGUCCGAUUUUCACCGACGUCCAGGCCAUGGCUCCUGCACAGAGGAGGAAGUUCUACGCAUCACUGCGCGAGAAAGCGAAUGAGUCUGCGUCUGGUGAUGCAGAGCCCUCAUCGCCUGAAACAGUGACGAAUGACAAACCAGGUGUGGGCAUCCCUGAGCGGCCCAGUGUUCAACCACAGGAUCCUUGGGGCAAAGCACCACCUGCGCCUGUCAUGCUGCAGGGAGAGGUGGUCAUGUGCCACAGCGAUGGCAGUGAGGGCGAGGAUGGUGAACAUCGGGUGUACUACAUGGGCGCCAGACGAGGGAACUCCAUGAUGGCCUCUGACCUGGAGGAGAGCGAUGACGAAGUGGAGAGGGAGGUGCAGGCACGGAUGAAGUUGUUGGGCAUUGGGCGUGGCCGGAGGCUCAACUAAGACUGCAGAGCUCACUGCUGCACGGGAUUCAGCAGAUCUUCAAAGUCUCACUGUGUAGUUUUCCACUUGCCCACCAGGCCAGGAGUGGGAUCUGUGGUGGUUGUACUUCACCACAAGUCAUGACGGAACAAAAGAGCCUCCGUUGUGUUGCGAAAUUUCAUGGCUGCGUGUGUUGUGCUACGUACAAAGAUUUCCUGCUAUUUGCUUCCUUUUUGAACAGUAUUCAUCACUUCACUGUAUGACUGUUGAUUCAGCUUUGCUCUCAUUGGGCAAUUAAAAGGUGUUUU